GGCCCGCAGAAAAGGUACAUAAACGCAGUCGUUGGACCGUCGGAAGCAAUUCGCAUGUCUUCAUCCUCAACCCUCCGUCGCUCCGAUUCCGGCUCCGCAACUGCGCCAAAGCGCGUAAGGACAACACAAGCAUGUAUCAACUGUCGACGGCGGAAGCGCAAGUGCACGCCUUCUGCCGACCCAAACAGCGCGACUUGCGUCAGAUGCGAAACGCAACACCUUGUCUGCGAGUUUCCCGCGCCAGACGCGGACGAAAUCGCGCUCGCCGCACACAUCCAGCUGCAUCCCGCGCCGAUACCCGCCUACGGCUAUCGCGGGCCGGCGGCGCCGGGCUAUCCGGGUCCCGGCUAUCCUUACCCGUAUGCGGCGCCGUCGCGGCCCGGAUCUACGGCCCCAGCGCCGCCGCCGGGCUUCCAUGGCCAGCCGAUGUAUGGCCCCGGGGAGCCAUUGCCCUACACAGGCCCGCCACCCCCACACAUCCGCCCAAGAUAUUCCAACGGGACGCCGUAUCCGAAUUUGGCGUUGAGCAAUGAGCAACAGGCACAAGGGCAAAUGGGCGGCCAAGAGUAUGGCUAUGGGGGGUACACUGGGGCGGACUACACGCAGAACUAUGACGGGGCUUACCAUCAUGGACCUUAG